AUGUCUGAUCUUUGUCCAGUCUACGCCCCAUUCUUCGGUUCAAUUGGUUGUGCUGCCGCCAUCAUCUUCACCUGUUUCGGUGCCUCUUACGGUACCGCCAAGUCGGGUGUCGGUAUCUGUGCAACCUGUGUCCUCAGACCAGACUUGCUCAUUAAGAACACCGUUCCAGUCAUUAUGGCCGGUAUCAUUGCCAUUUACGGGUUGGUUGUGUCUGUGUUGAUCUCGUCGUCGUUGAAGCAGCAACAGGCGUUGUACACAGGUUUCAUCCAAUUGGGUGCAGGCUUGUCCGUCGGCUUGGCAGGGUUGGCUGCCGGCUUCGCCAUCGGCAUUGUCGGUGACGCCGGUGUCAGAGGUACCGCCCAGCAGCCAAGAUUGUUUGUCGGUAUGAUCUUGAUCUUGAUUUUUGCAGAAGUCUUGGGUUUGUACGGCUUGAUUGUCGCCUUGUUGAUGAACUCCAGAGCAACACAAGACGUUAUUUGUUAG